AUGUCGUUACUGGUCUUCAAGGAUGAGGCUGCCCGGCAAAAGGCCAUCGACGCGUUUCACAAGAUCAUCCAGUUCACGACACCACACGAGCCGGAGGUCUUGCAAUACGCAAACCAAGCAGCAAGUGAUGCGCAUCUGACUACCAAGCCUGUACAAGAUCUCAUACGACUCUUCACCACCGGAGAUGUCCUUGCUCAGCCACCAGAAGUUCACAACUGCCCGAUUAUCACCAAGAAAACAUCAUCACCAGUACUAAUCUCAUCAAAUCCGGCCAUCGUUUUGUUGAACAUUCCCUCCAAACCGGACACAUCCGCCACCAAACAGGCCGAAAAGUGGAGCGAGCUGUCGCAGAUCGUGAUGAAGAGCGUAAAAGGCGUGAGCUCGUUCACAGUCGUCGAAGACCGAGAAGCGAAAAGCACGCGUGUGGAGAGUGUACUGCAGAGUUGGGAUUCGUUUGCCGCAUACCAAGAGUUCAUGGUCGAUGGGCGGAGAGAUGGGGCGGAUUUGGUGAAGAUCAGGCCAAUUGAUGGCUUUGUUGGACGUGAUAGUUCGAGCAAGUUGUGA